AUGGCCAAGUCACACCUGCCGCCGUGGCUGCUGCUGCUGCUGCUGCCCACCCUCUGUGGCCCAGGCACUGCUGUCUGGGCCACUUCACCCUUGGCCUGUGCUCAGGGCCCUGAGUUUUGGUGCCAAAGCCUGGAGCAAGCAUUGCAGUGCAAAGCCCUGGGGCACUGUCUACAGGAAGUCUGGGGACAUGUGGGAGCCGAUGACCUGUGCCAGGAGUGUCAGGACAUCGUCAACAUCCUUACCAAGAUGACCAAGGAGGCCAUUUUCCAGGACACCAUUCGGAAGUUUCUGGAGCAUGAGUGCGACGUUCUUCCCUUGAAGCUGCUGGUGCCCCAGUGUCACCACGUGCUUGAUGUCUACUUCCCCCUCACCAUCACCUACUUCCAGAGCCAGAUCAAUCCAAAGGCCAUCUGCCAGCACCUAGGCCUGUGCCAACCUGGGUCACCAGAGCCUCCGCUGGACCCUCUGCCUGACAAGCUGGUCCUCCCCACACUGCUGGGGGCCCUCCCAGCAAAGCCUGGGCCCCACACGCAGGAUCUGUCUGCGCAGCGGUUCCCCAUCCCCCUGCCCUUCUGCUGGCUCUGCAGGACUCUCCUCAAGCGGGUCCAGGCCAUGAUUCCCAAGGGUGUGCUGGCCAUGGCUGUGGCCCAGGUGUGCCACGUGGUACCCCUGGUGGUGGGCGGUAUCUGUCAGUGCCUGGCCGAACGCUACACUGUCAUUCUGCUGGAGGUGCUACUGGGCCGUGUGCUGCCCCAGCUGGUCUGUGGCCUUGUCCUCCGGUGCUCCAGCAUGGACAGCAUUGGCCAAGUCCCACCCACUCUGGAGGCCCUGCCAGGGGAGUGGCUGCCGCAAGACCCAGAGUGCCGCCUCUGCAUGUCUGUGACCACCCAGGCCAGGAACAUCAGUGAGCAGACCAGGCCGCAGGCAGUGUACCACGCCUGCCUCGGCUCCCAGCUGGACAAGCAAGAGUGUGAACAAUUUGUGGAGCUGCACAAGCCCCAGCUGCUGAGCCUGCUGUCCAGGGACUGGGAUGCCCGCGCAAUCUGCCAGGCCCUGGGGGCGUGUGUGGCCACGCUCAGCCCUCUCCAGUGCAUCCAAAGCCCUCACUUCUGAGGACUCAGCUGUCCAGGACCUUGCACUGGUGGCUGCAAGACCCCAGUGUGUAGCCGCAGCCCUGCCUCCACCUCGUCUGUCCCAGCCUGAAUCACAGCCCAACA